AUAAUUGCCUUUUCCUACCCCAUCAAAACUCCGUCGUCGAGGACUGCUCUUCUCGACUCGCCAGAACCACUGCAAGAGGGACCAGAUUAUGUUUGGUCUUGCCAACCUGCGUGUCGCAGUUUUCCCAUGAUGAUCAUCAUGCCGUUGUCAUCCAUGACCCGGCCACGGUCACUAUGGCUUCUCCUAUGCCUCACCAUUGCCUCGGUGGUGUUGGCCGGCUCCGAACCCGUGCUGGAGGUUCUUCCCGCUCAGAUCACUGCCCCCGCAGUGCUUCCUCCCAUGGACGCCCUCGUCAUUGACGACCGCACGCCUACGAUGAUCAAGGGUCGGUGGACCAUGGUUCCCCCCGGGCACGACGAACUGAAGAAGCGAGACGACGAGGGCAUCACGUUGACGCCCAGCACAGCCGACAAGGCGUCAGCUACUGCCGCCUCGACUACGCUGACCGUUUCCGUCACGGUGCCCGCUGCGACUGUGGACUCUGCCUCGCCCCUGCCGUCGCCUUUCGACACCAGUCUCGCCUUUAACUUUACCAGCAACGACGGCGCGUCCUGUCCCCGCUUCAUCAACUCGCUCCUUACCAACCAGAACUUUAAAAAGUGCUACCCGUUGUCAUUGCUGCUCCAGGGCUCGAGAUCCUUCUUUGAGGCUGAAAAGAAGCUUCUGAGUAUUGUGAGGGUACUCGACGCCACCUGCGGCGCUGACGUCGAGUACUGCACAGAGUUCCUUACCGGUGUGGCCGGUAACCUAACGUUGGACGCCAACUGCGGCUCCGACUACCAGGCCGGCAACCCAAUCGUCAUGCAGGCCUAUCUCGGCUUGAAAUCGUAUGAGAUGCUGUACAAGGCUACCUGCCUUACCGACCCCGACACGUCCAUGUACUGCUUCGCCAACGCCGUCACCAACCUCACCACGCCGUCCAACGUCUACUUUUACUACCUCCCACUCAACAUGACUUUGCCUGCCAGUGCAAACCCCACCUGCGGCACGUGUCUCCGACAGACCAUGGAGAUUUACCAGACCUUCACCACAAACCGCAAACUCGCCAUCUCGUCAACCUACGAGGACGCCGCGUCGCAGGUCAAUACCAUAUGCGGACCAGAAUACGUCAACGACACGCUUCUGGCCGCGGUCAGCACGGCAGGGCUGUCGGUGCCCUCCUGGGCUCUGGCGGCGACGACCGUGACUCUGGCUCUGCUUUGCAACAUGUUGUAA